AUGACUGAGGGAUCUGCUAUUCAGGCUUUGAUUCGCCAUGUUUAUAACGUGGCUAAGUUGUUUUUAAAGGAUAUUUCAGUGGAUUUAGAUACAUUUCAAGGAAGUUACGGUCAAAAGCUAGAAGAAUGGUCGAACGAUAGGAACUCGAGGACUUUAUUCUUGAUUAAAAUUGCUGAUGGCGAGCUCCACGUCAGCGAGGAAGCUGAUGUUAGUGAGACAGCGCCCACCGCAGAGCAGGAGCAUGGGCGGUUACUGUUGAUUAAGAACCAGCCGAUAAUUAGCGACACAACGGAUGUUGAAGAUCAAUUACAGGCAAUAAUGUUAUCUUCUGGAUCUCAAUUCGAUGGGUUUAAGUCGUUUGUUAAUUUUGGUGUGCCAACUAUGUUUGAUGCUGUGGUAAGUUGCAGCUCAAAACUAGAGGGGAAACAAGAGUCGAUUAAUUCGACGCGUAGAAAAAUACAAGAUUUAUCGUUAUCAUUGCAGAGCCUGCAACACUUUAUUGAGGUCCCGGACCUGAGCGCUACUACUCACCCUCUAAUUAAGGAAAUAAUUGCCAAAGGUGCCAAUCCAAGGAAUUAUACCUCUUUCAUUUCAGAUGAACAAUUUUCAGAUACCCAAUUCCUAAAUAAGCUGCAAAAGAUUGCCAAUGGAUGGAUCAAGUUGGCACAAAGUUUAACAAAACUGACCAGAAAUAUAGAUGACGGGUCCGCUGGUGAUGAAAUUAGGUUUUGGAUUAAUUUAAGACAGUCAUUGCUUGCUUUAGAAAAACAGAUUUCAACUCCAGAGGUUGAAAUAACUCUUUCCAUAUUGACUGCAGCAAAGAGAUUUCAUGCUACUGUGACAUUUAUCUCAGAUACAGGUCUAAGAGAUCGUAUUGCAGAGACUCAGAGUUAUAAUCAGGUUAUGAAUGACUUCCCGCUGCCAGAUCUUCACUCAGCUACUUCAUUUGAAAGAAUUAGUGAGUCACUUGAGUCCAUAUCUACAGCACUGAAAAAAAUCAAGGCUUCUACCUACCCUUUACCUAGAGCAGUUGCCUUCGUUGAAAAGCUUUCAGUGGAUAUCGAUGCAAAGCUACGUGAACUGCUACCGAACAUUAUUACAUCAGAUUAUGCAUCCUUUCAGGUAGACUAUGAUAACUGUAUCAAGAUUAUUUGCCAAUGGGAGUCUUUUUUGAAGGAAUUUACUUCAUUAAUUCGGGAAUUGAUGAGGAAGAGAUCUGAGAAGUUCAUCUUCAUGAAAAUAGAUACCGAAACAGAUAACUUGAAGGAUGUCUUAGAUACAGUGGCAGCUUUCAGGAAGAAGCAUGAGACAUUAGUUCACGUCUUGAAAGGUAUCGAUUACGAUACCUUAUCUGAGGACAUUAAAAAUAUUUACGAACCAGUACUAAAUCAAGACCCGCUUCAUAAUAAUGCUGCUAAAUGGGCAAAUGCAGAAACGAACUAUAACCAACGUGUUAGCCUUUUGGAAAACAAAUUGGUAAGUAUGUUAAAGAGGAAAUUAGAUGAGUGUAGUACAUCUGAAGCAAUGUUCUCGAUCUUUGAAAAGUAUAGACCUCUUAUGAAACGUCCAAGAAUACAGGGUGCAGUACGAGAAUAUCAGCAUGAAUUACUUAAUAAUGUGAAAGAAGACCUGGAUAAGAUCCGUAGGCGUUUGUCAUCGCAAAAAUGGAAUAAUGAAGUGUCUAGAUUAAAUGACAUUCCUCCUGUUUCUGCAUCAAUUAUAUGGUCAAAGCAACUAACUAAAAAGUUACAAACGCUAACUUCAAAAUUAGGUUUGAUAUUAGGGGAAGAUUGGGUCAAUACAUCGGAAGGUUCUCAAAUUGCUAUAGAAAGCAAUGCAAUAAUGGAAGUUUUGAAUGUUGAUCAGCUAUUUGAAUCAUGGGUUGGUUCAGUUACUUCGCAAAACUUUCUUCUUGAUGAACUAAUAUUCAAGAUAAUCAACGUAACUGGCACUUUCGAACUGCAUGUAAACUUUGAUUCGAUAAUUGGUUCCCUCUUUAAAGAAGUUAGAAACCUAAUAUGGAUGGGUUUUAGUGUUCCAAGUAACAUUAUCAAAAAUUCAAGGCGUGUAAGGAGUUUAUAUCCUCACGCCGUUAAAGUAUCAGAAUUGCUGCAAACUUUUGUUGCGGCCGUGCAUGGGUUCGAGGAAAAGCCACACACUUGGCUAUUGCUUAGAAUGGAAAGUGAGGACAUUUGGUCACUGAUCUCUUCUAUGAUAAAUGAUACUUGGGAUUCUGUACCCCUCUUUGAUGAUGGUUCAAAUUCAGAUGAAAUAUUUAGUAUUCAACAUGAGCAGCCAUCAAUUUUAAAGUUGGAAUACUCAAUUGGUAAACUACUAACGCAAUUUCAGAAGUUACAUCCUUUAGAAAAAGACCUUUCGACCUAUUUCGAUCAAUUACAGAAAUGUGGUGAAGUUGAUUUACCAAAUAUAAACUCAUUAAUCCAUAAGAUCCAAGAGGUAGUUGAUAAAGCAAUAUUACAGGGGUUUCAAAACAUGACGGAAUUUAUUACAUAUUUAAACCAACAAAUUAGAAGUCACUUGGUGGAUACUGUUUCCAAAAUUUUAGAAGAUGCGGAGCUAUCACCAAGAAAACAUUAUAUUACACAGCAAAGUAAGAGAAUUACUAUCUCACCAAAUAUAGAAGAGACCAAAAGUUGUUGGAUGGCUGAUUUCCAGAAAAUUUUGCAGGUUGCAAUGAAUCUUCCUAAGGUUUCAAUUAAAAAUUUUGACAUUAAAAGCGAGCCUGUUGAAACUUUUACAGAUAUAGAUCUCAGCCUAUCUGAAUCUUUAACAAAAGCUUAUAGUAGGAUUGUCAACACAUGUCGGGCUAUUGAUUCUCACUUUAAGAAAUGGAAAAAGUUAGAAUUAUUAUGGUUGCUAGAUGAAACAACCUUAUUGGAUAAAAUGGGUUCCGAAUUAGAUGUUGCAUACCAUUACUUACUUGAUUUUAUGGAUGAUAGAAAGUCAAUUGACACCUUAGAUUCUGAGGUUACUGUGGGACCAAACGCCGUUAUCAAUAUUGAGCAAGUAUAUGUUCGUGUAUCAGCAAAAUAUGAUAACUGGCAAAGAGUUCUUUGUGAUCGACUGUUAGAGAGUUACCUAGAUCAUGCUGAUACGUUUGAUAAUAAGUUAAUACAGGCAAGAAAGGUCCUUGAAAAUAGUAUAAUUAACCUUGGAUCGUUGUCAAAAACCACUGAGUUUAUUAUUUACGUGGACGAUAUUAAAAACGGUCUUGAUUCAAUGUCUACCACAUAUUCCCUAUUUUUUAAUUCCCAAAAGCUGCUGCAAAGACUGCGGUUUAAAUUGCCCGAAGAUUUUAUACAUGCCGAUCAGAUAGAGAGUGACUUAAUGGCAUUGCGUGAAAUCUGCUUAAAGAAAGAAGAGCAGAUUAACCGAAACAGAGAACCUAUAUCCAGCAAAUUGGAGGCAGGGCUGUUUAACAUACAAGAAGCAGCUAGUUCAUUAGCUGAAAACUGGUCUAAAAAUAAACCCCUAUCGGCAGAUAUUGAACCAAGUGAGGCGCUAGCUUUGUUGCAAUCAUUUGAAGAAGCCAUAUCAAGUCUGAAUAAAGAACGUGAAUCUGUAAAUCGGACCGCAAAGAUACUCUUGGUUCCAAUUAAACUACAGGAUUCAUUAUCUCAAGUUAUAGAGGAAGUGGAGGAUUACAAAGCUGUAUGGUCUUCGGUUGAUAGUUUAUGGAACGCUUGCCACUCAUUAUUAGGAAUUAAAUGGGUAAAGUUCUCCUCUCCACAUGUAAAAAGUAAACUUGAAAGCUUAAAGAAGGAGUGCCAGGAUAUGCCCCCAAAAGUUUUGCAAUACAAGAUAUUUCAAAGUAUUGCUGGAUCUAUAGACACAGCUUUGGAAUCUAUGCAUUUAUUAAAAGCAUUAAAAGAGCGAGCCAUAAAACCUAGGCAUUGGGUCAUACUUUUUAAACAACUGAGAUCUUCCUAUAAUAUAUCAGCAGAUGUUGAAGAUUUCUCCUUUACUCUUGAAGAUGUGUUGAAUUUAAACCUCCUAUUAAAUGAAGUUGCCGUUAAAAAGAUAAUAAUACAAGCAAGAAACGAAUUUGUGUUGGAAUCAUCGUUAAACCAGAUUAAAACGAGAUGGAAAGCAAUCAAGUUUGAAUUAUUUGCUCAUUCAAGUGGUUUAUCCUUAGUUAAAAGUUGGGACUUUGUAUUUGGAAAUUGUACUGACGAUUUGAAUAUGAUUGGGUCAAUGAGAAAUUCGCCAUAUUUUAAGGUUUUUGAGCAAGAAGCCACUGAGUGGGAGUCUAGACUCUCAGCUCUUUACGAAAUCCUUCUGAGCUGGGUAGAAGUUCAACGGCAGUGGAUGUAUUUAUACGGGAUCCUUGCUAAGAAGACUGAAAUGAAAACUUUGUUACCUGUAGAGUCUUCAAAGUUUUCGUCACUGACAUCGGAGUAUCAAACGUUGCUAAUAAAGUUGUACGAUGCUGAAAAUGUAAUAGAAAUUCUUCAUGUGCAGGCUAUUCUUCCUACGUUGAAGAGGAUGGUGGAGUCCUUAACAAAAAUUAGAAAGUCGUUGAAUGACUUCCUAGAAGCGCAGCGGAAAUUAUUUCCAAGAUUUUAUUUCCUUGGUAACGAGGAUUUAUUGCAAAUAAUUGGUGCAGGUGAUAACUUCUCUGAAUUUUCAAGUCAUUUAUCGAAAUUAUUUUCGAGCGUUUCCAGUUUUAUUCAUGAUGACAAUUAUAUCAAAGGGGUUACCUCUUUAGAGGGUGAAAAACUCCUUUUUGCAAAUCCUAUUAAAGUUACAUCGACCUCAAAACUCGAUGAAUGGAUGAAUGACGUGGAUUUGGAAAUAAAGUUAACACUUGCUACUUUACUAAUAAAUGCUGUUAAAAUGUAUGAAGCAGGUGUGACAUUGAUAGAAUUAGCUGAAAAAUAUCCAUUUCAAGUAUUGCUAUUGACAUUACAAUGUAGUUGGACUGCUCGUACGGAACGGCAGUUUAGUCAAGAGAAUUUCCAACAGGUUCAUCAACAAAUUGAAAGUGAACUCAAUUCAUUAACUAGCUUCUCGAAUUCUCACAAUCAUUCAAUUGACAAAAAUAAAUGUGAAGGCCUAAUAGUUGAACUGAUGCAUCUAAGAUCUGUAACGGGAUUACUUAUGCGAUCUGUGAAGGAUACAAUACGUUUCCAUUGGGAAAAGGCUCAAAAGUUUUAUUUAGACAGAAGUUCGGAUGACCCAUUGGCUUGUUUAAAAGUAUGUCAAUCAAGCAUAUCACUAUGCUAUGGAUUUGAAUAUAUUGGUAUUCCAGAGCGCUUAAUUUACACUCCACUGCUUGAUGGCUGUUUCAAUGCAAUGAUACUUGCACUGAGUGAGAAUAUGGGUGGGUGUCCCUUUGGACCUGCUGGCACGGGAAAAACUGAAACUAUCAAAGCCUUAGGUCAAAACCUUGGACGUAUGGUACUAGUUUUUAAUUGUGAUGACUCUUUUGAUUUUCAAGCAAUGAGUAGGUUACUAUUUGGUAUCACUCAAGUUGGAGCAUGGGGCUGUUUUGAUGAAUUUAACAGAUUAGAAGAGAAGAUUCUAAGUUCAGUUUCAACUCAAAUAGAAGCAAUACAGUCUGCACUUGCAAACAACAGUGCGGUAAUAGAACUUUUAGACAAAAAGGGUAACUUAAACCUCAAUACCGGUAUAUUUAUUACCAUGAACCCGGGUUAUGAGGGAAGGUCUGAGCUACCAGAAAACUUAACUAGAAUGUUCCGUGAGUUUUCUAUGAUGAAACCUGAUACAAUUAUUAUUGCUGAGGCCCUUCUUACUAUUCUUGGUCUUUCUGAACCAAAUUCACUUGCAGUUAAAGUAUCUACCUUAUUUGAAAGACUUAGGAAAGAAGCCUCAUCCCAGAAACAUUAUCAUUUCGGUUUAAGAGCAUUAAAAGGCGUCUUGAGAAACUGUUCAAAUAUUUUGAAGUCAAGCGAUGACAAUGUGGAUUCAGUUCAAGUUAUAUUGCGCAGUCUAAAUGAGAUGGUAGUUCCGAAAUUGAUUUUGGAGGACGAAGUUGUUUAUGAGCGAGCCAUACAAAGCUUAUUUCCUGGUUCAAGAUAUGAUCCAACAAAUGGGGACUUGAUUUCUCAGCUUCUCGAACAUUGUGAACUUAAUCAAUUGGUUUCAACAGAUGUUUUCAUAAAAAAGUGUAGUCAAUUCUAUGAUAUACAAAAAACACAACAAGCUAUUAUAUUAGCAGGAUCAUCCGGUACCGGUAAAACUACCGUAUGGAAAUGUGUUUUAGCGUCAAUGAAAAAAAUCGGUUUUCCUGACAAUAUUAUUUCUAUUAUUGACAGCAAAACCUUGAAGAAGGAGGACUUAUAUGGUAAGCUUGAUCCUGUAACUUUUGAUUGGAAAGAUGGUAUAUUUACUUCAAUUUUGAGAAAAACUCUAAACGAUACCAUAGGAAGUUUCAGAAACUCUAACAUUUGGAUAAUCUUUGAUAGUGACCUAGACCCCAACUAUGUUGAGACCCUAAACAGUGUUCUUGAUGAUAAUAAAAUCUUAACUCUACCUAAUGGGGAGCGUCUAAAAAUACCAUCAAAUUUACAUUUAAUAUUUGAAGUUCAAAAUUUGAAGCAUGCAACUGCUGCUACCGUUAGUAGGUGUGGCGUGAUUUGGUUUACCGAUAAUACAUUGUUGCCUCGUGAUAUUUUAAUUUCAAGUCUAUCAGCAGCUCUUUCCACUUUGCAGUUGGAUUCUGAUAUUAAUGACAAUAUUAUUUCCGCAAUCCAAGAUAUUUUUACUCAGUUUAUCCAGGGAUCAACAUUACAGCAAAUUACAGAUGCAAGUUCCAAGGUAAAUCACAUUAUGGGACUUGAUAUUUCUCGGGCGAUACAGACUGCAGUUACCUUACUAACUCGCGUUGUCACCGAGAAUAAAAAGUUAUUGUCUAAUCUCAGCCAAAGUAGUUGUAUGAGAUAUCUCACUAAAAAAUUAGCAAUUAUACUUGUAUGGUCCUUUGUUGGUGAUAGCGAUGCUAUGACCAGGGAACACUUCUCUAGAAUAAUAUGCUCUUUGCUGGAAAUAUCAGACCUUCCUUCUGCGUCUGGUUUGCUAGAUUACGAUGUCUCGCUAGACACAACUGAUUGGAUACCUCUAUUAGCUCAAGUCCCUAAAACAUCAUUGGAAGCGCAUGAAGUGCUAUUGCCAGAAAUGAUAAUUCCUACUAUGGAUACAAUUAGGCAUGAAGCCUUACUAUAUGACUUAUUAAAUGCUGGUAGGCCUCUAAUACUAUGUGGGCCUCCAGGAUCAGGAAAAACCAUGACUUUAUACAACACGCUGAAGAAAUCUAACAGAUUCGAUGUCAUUGGGAUUAAUUUCUCAAAGGACACUACAGUAGAUUCGUUUCUUAAGACUAUUGAGCAGCAUACGACUUGCUCACCAACUUCUAGGGGAAUAAUAAUGCAGCCAAAAGGCCAUGGUAAACAACUAGUUGUCUUCUGUGAUGAAAUUAAUCUUCCAGCGCUUGAUGAAUAUGAAUCACAACCAGUUAUAUUAUUUUUACGACAGUUAGUUGAAAAGAAGGGGUUUUGGAAUGUGCAAGAAAAUAAGUGGGUGUUCAUUGAAAGGAUCCAGAUAGUGGGAGCAUGUAACCCUUCAUCCCAUGCAGGAAGAGUUUCUAUUACGAGGCGUUUUUCAAGACAUGCAUCGAUUAUUAUGGUUGAUUAUCCUGGUAAGAUAUCUAUGGAACAUAUAUAUGAAGUUUUUUAUAAUGCUGUUUUCAAUAUGGCUCCCCAAUUGAAGGGCUAUUCAUCAGCGUUUACAAAAGCUUCAUUGGAUGUUUACUACAAGGCUAAGGCGACAUUUACAGAAGAACAACAUAGUCACUAUAUUUUUUCCCCGAGAGAAAUAACCCGUUGGAUCAGAGGUAUUCAUUAUACAAUAGCAGAAAGCUCCCAACUAGAUCUUGCACGAAUGAUUGAACUGUGGGCUCAUGAGUCGUUAAGAAUAUUCUCUGAUCGAUUGGUAACUAAAGAGGAGAAGGUUUUGUUACAAGACAUUUUACAGGAGUCACUGGCUAACUAUUUCCCUCAUCAAACAAUUGGCUCCUUAGAAUCUGAUAAACUAUUAUUUUCUAGCUGGUUAUCAUUGAACUACACGAAGGUUGACAAAAUGGAAAUGUAUAAUUUCACUAAAGAACGUUUGAAAAUAUUUGCAGAGGAGGAACUUGAUACUGAAAUGACCAUUUAUGAUGACAUGAUUGACAAUAUCUUAAGGAUAGAUAGAAUUUUAAAACAAGUACAAGGCCAUGCGAUAUUAGUAGGUCCAAACCAUAGUGGGAAAGCGACAAUUACUAGGUUUGUUGCUUGGAUGAAUGGAAUUAAAAUUGUACGUCCUACUAUCCACCGCAAUUUUACCAUACAAGAUUUUGAUGAGUUUUUGAAAUAUAUUUUAUUGAAGUGUGGUACCGAGAGCCAAAGAAUAUGUGUCAUUAUAGAUGAAUCUGCUAUCCUGGAGAGCUCCUUUUUGGAAAGGAUGAACACCUUAUUAGCAAACUCUCAUCUUCCUGGUCUCUUUGAGGCUGAAGAAUACGAAGCUUUAUUAUCAAAGUUAAGCCAACGAGUAUCCCAAUUGGGAUUAUUACUUGAUACUGAGCAGGAGAUAUACGACUGGUUCACAUCUGAAAUUUCAAGAAAUUUGCACAUAGUAUUCAACAUUAACGAUCCUAGGAAUGAAGAAUCAGUGAAACUGAUAACCUCUCCUGCAUUAUUCAACAGAUGUGUAAUCAAUUGGAUAGGUACGUGGUCAAGUAAGUCAUAUUUACAUGUUGCAAAUGAAGUUAUUCAGAAGAUGCCUUUAGAUAUGUCUGACUACAAGUUCCCUCGGAAUAGUGCUAUAGAAUUUGUUUCGAUAGAUUCUGAGGCACCAACAUUACGUGACGUUGUGGCAAAUCUACUGGUUCUAUUCCACGAAAAGUAUCAUAGCAUUCUUAAUAACAAAGAAGGAUCUCCUAGUGCUUUUUUGAACUGUUUGAAACGCUUUCAGGACCUUUAUACUUCAAAAUUGAGUGAGCUUGAAGAAAAGCAAAGGUUUACUUUAGUUGGUCUCGAGAAAUUGAAGGAAACAGUUAUUAAAGUUAAACAACUCAAUCAGAAUCUGUCCCAAAAGCAGAUAGAGCUUCAGGAUAAAGAAGUUCAAGCUAGGCAGACGCUAGAUAAAAUGUUAGUUGAUCAGAAUGAAGCAGAACGAAAACAAGAAGCUUCUGUGGAAAUUCAAAAGAUUCUUGCUGUCCAGGAGAAAGAAAUAUCUGAAAGACGAGCAACUAUAAUGGCAGAUUUGGAGUUAGCAGAACCAGCCAUAGUGGAAGCACAAAUGGGCGUUAAAAAUAUAAAAAAGCAGCAAUUUACAGAAUUGCGUUCUAUGCAAAAUCCCCCUGAAGCUGUGAAGACUACUUUAGAAGCAGUUUGUGUUAUAUUAGGUUAUUCCUGUAAGUCGUGGAAAGAAAUUCAGCUUGCAAUCAGAAAAGAUGAGUUUGUAACAGAUAUCGUAUACUAUAAUACUGAAACGAUGAUGACACCUUCAAUUAGGAGUGAAAUUGAAAAUACCUAUCUUUCAAGCUCUAAAUUCACUUACGACAUUGUUAAUAGGGCAUCUUUAGCAUGUGGUCCAUUAUACCAAUGGAUUAUUGCACAGAUUUCAUACUCUGGUAUUUUAGUAAAGGUUAAACCAUUGAAGGAAGAAUUGGUUUUAGUUGAAAAGGAAAUGUUACAAAACAAAGCUAGAUUAAUUGCUGCAGAUGAAAUGAUUCGUGAAUUGCAGGCAGAUAUUGAGCAAUCGAAGAUCUCUUACAGUCAUCUAAUAAGAGACGUCGAAGUAAUAAAAACUGAAAUGGAGUCUGUUAAGACUAAGGUUGAAAGAUCAGUAAAUUUAAUAGAGAGCUUAACUGGAGAAAGAGAGAGAUGGAUUAAGAAUACCGAUUUAUUUAAUACAUGGAACGAGAACUUAAUUGGGAAUUGUUUGUUGUCCUCACUCUACGAGACUUACUGUGGACCCCAUGAUCAAUCGUUGAGAUAUAGAUUAUUAACACUGUGGAAAGAAUCGCUUUCUGACGUUUCAAUUACUUAUGAACCAACUUAUACCUUCAUCAGUGAGAUGGUUGAUCCUAUAACUAGAGCUCAUUGGGUUUCUUGUGGUCUUCCAGAUAACGAGUUAUUCGUUGAGAAUUUCUAUAUUACAAUGAACAGCUAUAAGUAUCCAUAUAUUGUUGAUCCAACCUCGACUGUUGUUGAAACCUUAGGCAGGUACUAUAAAAAUUUGAUUGUUACUAGCUUUUUAGAUGUCGGGUUUGUUAAACAGCUCGAAAAUGCGUUACGAUUUGGUGGUAUAAUUUUAAUUCAGGAUGGUGAGUUCUUUGACCCAAUAAUUUCACACUUAGUUGCGAAAGAGUUUAGAAAAGCGGGUGGACGCUUAGCGGUAAUGGUGGGUGAGCAUGAGGUUGAUGUGUCUCCGGAAUUUCACUUGAUCGUACAUUCCAAAGAUCCCAAUACGCACGUGUCCUCAUUUGUAGAAACUAGAAUGGCUGUGGUCAACUUUACGGUUAACAAAGGCAGUAUUGAGGCACAGGCGUUGCAGAUAACCCUAGAGAAAGAAAACCCUGAAUUGCAGAAAAAACGUAGUGAAUUGCUAAAAUUGAAUUGUGAAUAUAAACUGCGCUUACAUUCUUUAGAAAACAAAUUAUUAUCAUCACUUAAUGAAAGUGUUGGUAGUAUUUUAGAGAACGAUGAAUUGAUAGCUACAUUGGAGCAGUUAAAGACUGAAUCUUUAGAAAUUGAGACCAAAAUUAAAGGAACAAAUGAAGUUAUUCUGCAGGUCGAGGAGUUGGUUAACGAAUACUACCCUCUUGGAGAACAAUCGGUUAAAAUAUUCACUAUCCUAGAACACAUAUCUAGUUGGCAUUGGUUCUACCACAUUUCUAUAAACCAUUUUAUGGAAUGUUUUGGCAGUAUAUUCGAAACUAGUACAAGAAGCGGCUUCACGAGAACAGAACAUCUACUAUUAAUUCUCUAUGAAAAUGUUUAUAGGUGGUUUUCUGGCAUUUUAAAAGAACGUGAUAGGUUGGCUUUUGGAGUAUUAUUAUACACUUUCUAUAACCAAUCUCGAGAAAGUGAACUGUUUUGUGAACAAUUUUGGGAUAUCAUCAAAUAUAUUUCACGAACGGAAGAUAGCUCAAAACUGGAAUUCGAUAACGCAACUCCGAAAUUACAGCGCUUUGUCGAGUACCUAAUUCAAGGAAAUCCCCUCGAGUGUCUAAGCACAAUAGCAGGUUUUUUUAGGGGCUCCUCAUGGGAUGAAUUUGUAAACGGUUAUCAAGAUAUUAUAGUUGCAUCUGAACAUGGUGUUGACGCUACUUUCAAGAUCCAAAAGUUAGCCCAGAAAAUGAAUCAAACAGUGUCGUCGGUAGCUUUAGGUUCUAUUGAAAGUAUAUCUAUUGCAGAGAAGGAAUUGACAACUAAAUCCAUAGAUGGUGGUUGGCUUUUACUACAGAAUUUGCAAAUGUCCCCAGAAUGGACAAAUACUGUUCUACUGAAGAGGUUGGAAUCUUUGAGGAAGAACCCAGCGUUUAAAGUUUUCAUGAGUUGCGGUCUUGAAAGUAAUGCCUUGGUCGCUCCGUUAUUAUCCCGGAGCUACAAGUUUGUCUACGAGGGAGAACAGAGCGUUUUGACCACAGUUUUAGAGCUGUGGAAGAUCAACUCUGAUGAACUAUCUUCCUCAAAACCUGUUGAAAAACUGCAUUGCAAAUUCUUGCUCCAUUGGUUUCAUUCCGUGAUGAUGGCAAGAUGUAGGUUUGCUCCAAUUGGGUUUUCUAAGAAGUAUGAUUUCCACGACGGUGAUUUCCGCGCAGCUAGCAUGUUGUUAGAUCGUAUCUUCAGUGAAGCAAGCAAUGGAAAAGAACAUGUUGAUCCUGCAGGGAUACCUUGGAUGCUUGUUAGUGACGCAAUUGGUUCCAUUAUUUACGGCGGAAAAGUUAGCAAUUCCAAGGACUUAGCAUGGUGUCAAAACUACGCAAAUCAGAUGUUUUCGAUAGCGGCAUAUGGUACUAACUUCCAGGUUGUUGCUGGCGUUACGGUUCCCCUAGGCUGUUGUGAAUACUCAGAUUAUCUAACUUGGUUCAAUUCUCUACAACCUGAUUCAGAAAGUAUUAUUGAAUGGCUACAGCUUCCAGAUGAGUCCGCAUUACACGAAUUUUAUACGCAUAAAGCGGAACUUGUUUCGCGUAAAGUUGUGGAAUCCGUAUCUAUGAUCAGCGAUGCUGAUAUUCCACUCAGAAAUCCUAUUUAA